AAGGGAAGCAACGAAGCAAGCUGUCAUUUAGCAAAAGCAGACCUAACAUCCAACACUACUGCUCUUCUUAGAGGGGGGGAAAAAAAAGACAGGACCUCACUCAUGUCUCCUGAGAGCUGCAGUCUUCAGUAUGUUAAAUUACUUUCAUCAUGUAUUUUCAGAUGCUUAUUGAUUUCGCAGUGGGAAGACUGAACGAGCGACCGCAGCAGCCUGAAAGCAGCAGUACACGCUCUGCACGUUAGCACUAUGCUGAAACAAUGGCUCAGCACAAGCACAUCUUUUCAUUAAGAUCAUUUUCGGGAGAGAUAUGUAGCACCUGCUUUCCUGUGGGCUUUGCUUACAAGUGAACAAGAUGAAGCAAUUAAGAGUGGCUCACAAAGGAUCCUUAAUCUUUGGCAGAGGACUCAUGCUGCCUAUCUCAACAGAAUGUGUUUCAUGUUCUUGCUGGACACCAACAUGCAGUCUGAGGCCAAUAUAACAGUCCGCGAUGAGAUUGACGACGUCAGCACCAACAUGUACAGACCACUGUCAUACCCACUCAGCUUCCAAAUUUCCCUUACCUGUUUCCUCAUGCUAGAAAUUGUUCUGGGCCUUGGAAGUAACCUCACCGUACUGGUUCUUUACUGCAUGAAAUCCAACCUGAUCAAUUCCGUCAGCAACAUUAUUACUAUGAAUCUUCAUGUGCUUGACGUGAUAAUAUGUGUAGGGUGUAUUCCUCUGACGGCUGUGAUCCUGUUGUUGCCACUCGAAAGCAAUAGUGCAUUGAUUUGCUGCUUCCAUGAAGCCUGUGUGUCCUUUGCCAGUGUCUCCACAGCUGUCAAUGUCUUUGCUAUCACAUUGGAUCGCUAUGACAUCUCAGUAAAACCUGCCAAUCGUAUUCUAACUAUGGGCCGUGCAUUCGCAUUGAUGACAUCGACGUGGAUAGUUUCUUUCCUAGCUUUUCUGAUUCCCUUCAUUGAAGUUAGCUUUUUUAGCUUUCAAAGUGAAAACACUUGGGAGAACAAAACACUUUUGUGUGUCAGCGCUAAUGAAUACCACACAGAACUUGGGAUGUAUUACCACCUACUGGUGCAGAUACCCAUCUUCUUUUUCACAAUUGUCGUGAUGUUAAUAACAUACAGCAAAAUACUCCAGGCUCUCAACAUUCGAAUUGGCACAAGGUUCUCAACAGGGCAAAAGAAGAAGGUACGCAAGAAAAAAACUAUUUCUCUGGCUACACAGCAUGAGACCACGGAUGUCUCACAAAGCAGUGGAGGUAGGAAUGUGGUGCUUGGUGUAAGGACUUCCGUAUCUGUGAUCAUUGCCCUCCGCCGAGCAGUCAAAAGGCACAGAGAAAGACGUGAAAGGCAAAAAAGAGUUUUCAGAAUGUCACUAUUGAUUAUUUCAACUUUUCUUUUUUGUUGGACGCCCAUUUCUAUAUUGAAUACAACUAUUUUAUGUCUAGGUCCAAGUGACCUGUUGGUAAAACUUAGACUUUGCUUUUUAGUCAUGGCCUAUGGAACUACCAUCUUCCACCCUCUGCUAUACGCAUUCACAAGGCAAAAAUUCCAAAAGGUUUUGAAAAGCAAAAUGAAAAAAAGGGUUGUUUCAAUUGUGGAAGCUGAUCCGAUGCCUAAUAAUGCUGUAAUCCAUAAUUCAUGGAUAGAACCCAAGAGGAGUAAACAAAUGGCAACUGAUGACAAUGAAGCUAGGCAGAAAUGUUUAUCACCGCAGGUUGUCACUGACUAGCUUAGUGUUGUGGCUUUUCUUCCUGAAGCAAAGACAGGUAUAAACAGGAGAAGAACACUGCCAACAAAGGAAUGUUUUUAUUUAUUUUUACAUUGAUUAUUACACUGUAUAUUUUCAAUACAUUGUACUUAGGAUAGAUGUUUGAUUUUCACACUACAGGUCAUUGGGCAUGGCAGUCUGUUCAUGUAAUGUGUAUAAAUUUGUUGAUAUUUUGUUCACAGAAAGACAUUUAUGUGUAACUCCUUUUAUAAGAAAAGAGAAAAAUUAAUGCAAAAUAAUAUAUAUAUAUAUAUCUUUUAAAAAAGUUAAGACAUUUGGA